UGAGGUCUUGGCGUCACAUCCGGUCAGGAAGUCAAACGCGGCGGCGGUGGAGUCUCGUGUGUUUUGGGUCUGAAGGUGAGCUCGUGGACUCGAACAUGCUGAGUGUGUUUCAGGUGGGGGUCCGCAGGGUGGUGUUGAGGGGGUCCGACCUCCUGACCCGACGGGCCCCCGCUGUGGGCUCGGUACCGGCUCUGACCCGGCAGCUGAGCCGCAGAACCGGGAGGACGGAGCGGAGCUGCACCGUGGACCCGAACCUGGAGGAGGAGUUCGUGUUCGUGGACUGGACAGGUGAGACUGAAGACGUGUUUCUUUUAAAGUGAUCAGAGUUUAUUCACUUUUUAAAAUCAAUCAGUAAUCAAUAAUUAAAGGAGAACAUUCACAUCAACAGAGACUCACACUUUACUUAUUUUAAAAUCUAUUUAUGAAUUUUUCAAACACAUUAAAGAGACAAAAACAGUCAAAGAAAACUCAGACAGACACAAUAAUAAAGACACUUUAAAGCUCCUGUGGGGAACUUUCUAUAACGGUCCAUUUUGGCGCCCCCCUGUGGUCAAAACUGUCUCUACGUUUCUUUUCUUCUACAUGAUUAAAUAGUCAUUAAAGGUGGAGAAAAAAGGAAUCUGUUAAAGAAGCAUCUUUUUAUUUUGUGGUUUUUAUACAAAAAUCUAAUAUCAGUCAAUAGUUAUUAGUUAUUGAUUAUAUUUGGUAAUAUAUCGAUAUCUCUGUGUUCUCUUAUGUCUGUGUCGUCAACAUUUGAACAUUUUUGAGCGGUCCGCUCUUUCUGACUGUAAACAAAGCCGUUCUCCACCUCCUCUAACCUGAUUGGUUGUGAGGCAGACGCUGCUCCCCCGUGUCGUUCAGGAGCCCAAACAAAGUUAGCGUGCUACAAUAUCGGACAGUAGAAACCAACCAGAAAGUUCGGAAAAUUGUCUGAAUCCUCCUUUGGCCACGACUGCCGACACAAGCAAGAAAACACUCAAACAUAAACAGUCAGCAAGAAAACAGUCAACAAGAAAACAGUCAGCAAGAAAACAGUCAACACCAAACCGGUUAACAAGAAAAUGGUCAACACCAAAACAGUCAACAUAAAACAGUCAGCAAGAAAACAGUUAACCAUAAACAGUCAACAUAAAACAGUCAGCAAGAAAACAGUCAACAAGAAAGCAGUCAGCAAGAAAACGUCAACCAUAAACAGUCAACAAAAAACAGUCAACAAGAUAACAGUCAACCAUAAACAGUCAGCAAGAUAACAGUCAACAAGAAAACAGUCAGCAAGAAAACGUCAACUAUAAUCAGUCAACAAGAAAACAGUCAGCAAAAAACAGUCAACCAUAAACAGUCAACAAGAAAACAGUCAGCAAGAAAACGUCAACCAUAAACAGUCAACAAAAAACAGUCAACAAGAAAACAGUCAACAAGAAAACAGUCAACACCAAACCGGUCAACAGGAAAACGGUCAACACCAAAACAGUCAACAAAAAACAGGCAACAAGAAAACAGUCAACAAGAAAAUGCUGCUCCCCCGUGUCGUUCAGGAGCCCAAACAAAGUUAGCGUGCUACAAUAUCGGACAGUAGAAACCAACCAGAAAUUUCGGAAAAUUGUCUGAAUCCUCCUUUGGCCACGACUGCCGACACAAGCAAGAAAACACUCAAACAUAAACAGUCAGCAAGAAAACAGUCAACACCAAACCGGUUAACAAGAAAAUGGUCAACACCAAAACAGUCAACAUAAAACAGUCAGCAAGAAAACAGUUAACCAUAAUCAGUCAACAAGAAAACAGUCAACAAGAAAACAGUCAACCAUAAACAGUCAACAAGAAAACAGUCAGCAAGAAAACGUCAACCAUAAACAGUCAACAAAAAACAGUCAACAAGAUAACAGUCAACCAUAAACAGUCAGCAAGAUAACAGUCAACAAGAAAACAGUCAGCAAGAAAACGUCAACUAUAAUCAGUCAACAAGAAAACAGUCAGCAAAAAACAGUCAACCAUAAACAGUCAACAAGAAAACAGUCAGCAAGAAAACGUCAACCAUAAACAGUCAACAAAAAACAGUCAACCAUAAACAGUCAACAAGAAAACAGUCAGCAAGAAAACGUCAACCAUAAACAGUCAACAAAAAACAGUCAACAAGAAAACAGUCAACAAGAAAACAGUCAACAGGAAAACGGUCAACACCAAAACAGUCAACAAAAAACAGGCAACAAGAAAACAGUCAACAAGAAAAUGCUGCUCCCCCGUGUCGUUCAGGAGCCCAAACAAAGUUAGCGUGCUACAAUAUCGGACAGUAGAAACCAACCAGAAAUUUCGGAAAAUUGUCUGAAUCCUCCUUUGGCCACGACUGCCGACACAAGCAAGAAAACACUCAAACAUAAACAGUCAGCAAGAAAACAGUCAACACCAAACCGGUUAACAAGAAAAUGGUCAACACCAAAACAGUCAACAUAAAACAGUCAGCAAGAAAACAGUUAACCAUAAUCAGUCAACAAGAAAACAGUCAACAAGAAAACAGUCAACCAUAAACAGUCAACAAGAAAACAGUCAGCAAGAAAACGUCAACCAUAAACAGUCAACAAAAAACAGUCAACAAGAAAACAGUCAACCAUAAACAGUCAGCAAGAUAACAGUCAACAAGAAAACAGUCAGCAAGAAAACGUCAACUAUAAUCAGUCAACAAGAAAACAGUCAGCAAAAAACAGUCAACCAUAAACAGUCAACAAGAAAACAGUCAGCAAGAAAACGUCAACCAUAAACAGUCAGCAAAAAACAGUCAACCAUAAACAGUCAACAAGAAAACAGUCAACACCAAACCGGUCAACAGGAAAACGGUCAACACCAAAACAGUCAACAAAAAACAGGCAACAAGAAAACAGUCAACAAGAAAAUGCUGCUCCCCCGUGUCGUUCAGGAGCCCAAACAAAGUUAGCGUGCUACAAUAUCGGACAGUAGAAACCAACCAGAAAGUUCGGAAAAUUGUCUGAAUCCUCCUUUGGCCACAACUGUCGACACAAGCAAGAAAACACUCAAACAUAAACAGUCAGCAAGAAAACAGUCAACAAGAAAACAGUCAACACAAAACCGGUUAACAAGAAAAUGGUCAACACCAAAACAGUCAACAUAAAACAGUCAGCAAGAAAACAGUUAACCAUAAUCAGUCAACAAGAAAACAGUCAACCAUAAACAGUCAACAAGAAAACAGUCAGCAAGAAAACGUCAACCAUAAACAGUCAACAAAAAACAGUCAACAAGAAAACAGUCAACCAUAAACAGUCAGCAAGAUAACAGUCAACAAGAAAACAGUCAGCAAGAAAACGUCAACUAUAAUCAGUCAACAAGAAAACAGUCAUCAAAAAACAGUCAACCAUAAACAGUCAACAAGAAAACAGUCAGCAAGAAAACGUCAACCAUAAACAGUCAGCAAAAAACAGUCAACCAUAAACAGUCAACAAGAAAACAGUCAGCAAGAAAACGUCAACCAUAAACAGUCAACAAAAAACAGUCAACAAGAAAACAGUCAACAAGAAAACAGUCAACACCAAACCGGUCAACAAGAAAACAGUCAACCAUAAACAGUCAACAAGAAAACAGUCAGCAAGAAAACGUCAACCAUAAACAGUCAACAAAAAACAGUCAACAAGAAAACAGUCAACCAUAAACAGUCAGCAAGAUAACAGUCAACAAGAAAACAGUCAGCAAGAAAACGUCAACUAUAAUCAGUCAACAAGAAAACAGUCAUCAAAAAACAGUCAACCAUAAACAGUCAACAAGAAAACAGUCAGCAAGAAAACGUCAACCAUAAACAGUCAACAAAAAACAGUCAACCAUAAACAGUCAACAAGAAAACAGUCAGCAAGAAAACGUCAACCAUAAACAGUCAACAAAAAACAGUCAACAAGAAAACAGUCAACAAGAAAACAGUCAACACCAAACCGGUCAACAGGAAAACAGUCAACACCAAAACAGUCAACAAAAAACAGGCAACAAGAAAACAGUCAACAAGAAAAUGCUGCUCCCCCGUGUCGUUCAGGAGCCCAAACAAAGUUAGCGUGCUACAAUAUCGGACAGUAGAAACCAACCAGAAAGUUCGGAAAAUUGUCUGAAUCCUCCUUUGGCCACGACUGCCGACACAAGCAAGAAAACAAAGUAAAUACCGGAGACUCUGGAGGAAUAACGGGCGCUUAAAACGGAGGUAGAGCGGACAAGAGCUAAAAAGCCGGGUCAACAUAAACGAUGGGGGACGCUUGGGGAUCUUGGUGACCCUGUAACCUUUCUGCUGGACAGGUAAACCGCUUUAACAAAGUAAGACAAGUGUCUGUAACAGAAGUGUUUCUUGUCAAACGGACCUGCUGUAGCGUGUUGUAGCGCCAUCACUAAACUGUCCUCCCUCGGGUCCUGGACUAUGUCACUUUAUCCUAGUUGUAGAAGUCCUGCAAACAUUGUGUUUGCUGGUAGUCUGUUGGCAUCUACAGUAGCACCAAUGCUUUUGACUUUCACCUUGACUGGGCCCCAUUUGUAAUGAUCUGAAGUAUUUAUCUGCAUUAUAUCUGAAUUUAACUGGAACGAUACGAGCGAGCAGGAGCGUCUGUUUGUGGCGGGGCUUGCUGGAGCAGAGAGAGAGAGAGAGAGAGAGAGAGAGAGAGAGAGAGAGAGAGAGAGAGAGUGUUUCUCUGUGUUGUCUCUCUAACUCUGUGUCUCUAAAACAGUUGAAGUGUGUUUCUGCUCGAUGAGGUUUCUAUGAGGUGAAUAAAUGUUGGUUCAGUUGAUCUUCAGGACGGCUGCAGCUUUAAGAACUUCUGCUUGUUUGAGUUUGAGAGUCUAAAGUUCACAGAGACGCUCCUCCUCCUGGAUUGUAGACAAACUGGUUCCCCCCCCCUCCCCUCGUCUCUCUCAGCUCACUCCACUCUGCACUCUCACUUCCUUGUUUCCUUCCCUUCCUUGCUCCCUCCCCCUCAGAUCUACAGUCUUGGUUGGGUGUAACCUCCGUGUGCUGAGCUGAUCCUGCUGACUCACACCUGUUGUUGAGAUCAGAGCUCAGACUAGUUUGACUUCUCAGGAAAUAAAACUCAGUCAGUCGUCGUCGACAGCGAGUGUUGAAAUGGCGCAGAAAGGAGUUCAUCUGGACCGUGAGUCUUUCUCUUGUUCCAUCUGUUUGGAUCUUCUGAAGGAUCCGGUGACUGUUUCCUGUGGACACAGCUUCUGCAUGAGCUGUAUUCAAUCCUACUGGGAUACUGAGGUUGAGAGGAUGAUCUACAGCUGUCCUCAGUGCAGAGAGACCUUCACUACGAGGCCUGUCCUGAAGAAAAACACCAUGUUAGCAGGUUUAGUGGAGGAACUGAAGAAGAGCGGACUCCAAGCUGCUCCUGAUGGUUCCUCUGAGGCUGGACCUGAAGAUGUGGCCUGUGACGUCUGCAGUGGGAGAAAACUGAAAGCUGUCAAGUCCUGUCUUCAAUGUCUGGCUUCUUACUGUCAGAUUCACCUCCAGCCUCAUUUUGAAUCUCCUACAUUUAAGAAACACAAGCUGGUGGAGCCCUCCAAGAAGCUCCAGGAGAACAUCUGCUCUCGUCAUGAUGAGGUGAUGAAGAUCUUCUGCCGCACUGAUCAGAAGUCCAUCUGUCAUCUCUGCUGUUUGGACCAACACAAAGGUCACGACACAGUCUCAGCUGCAGCAGAAAGGACUGAGAGGCAGAAAGAUCUGGAGGAGAGUCGAGGAAACAUCCAGCAGAGAAUCCAGGACAGAGAAGAAGAUGUGAAGCUGCUCCAACAGGAGGUGGAGGCUAUCAACGGCUCUGCUGAUAAAGCUGUGGAGCACAGCCAGAAGAUCUUCAGACAGCUGAUCCGUCUGAUGGAGAAACGCCGCUCUGAGGUGGAGCAGCAGGUCAGAUCCCAGCAGGAACGUGAAGUGAGUCGAGUCAAAGAGCUUCAGGAGAAACUGGAGCAGGAGAUCACUGAGCUGAAGAGGAAAGACGCUGAUCUGCAGAAGCUCUCACUCACAGAGGACCACAACCAGUUUCUGCACAGCUACCCCUCACUGUCAGAACCGGGUCAACCUGCAGACUCAUCCAGGAUCAACAUCCGUCCUCUGAGAUACUUUGAGGAGGUGACAGCAGCUGUGUCAGAGGUCAGAGAGAAACUCCAGGAUCUUCUGACAGAGACGUGGACAAACGUCUCACAGGCCGUGACUGAAGUGGAUGUUUUACUGUUAGAACCACCAGAACCAGAACCAGAACCCAAGACCAGAGCUGGUUUCUUAAGAUAUUCACAAAGAAUCACACUGGAUCCAAACACAGUAAACAGAGGACUGUUAUUAUCUGAUGGAAACAGAAGAGCAACAUGGACAAAAGAACCACAGUCUUAUCCUGAUCAUCCAGACAGAUUCACUUAUUAUCCUCAGGUCCUGAGUAGAGAGAGUCUGACUGGACGUUGUUACUGGGAGGUGGACUGGAGAGGGGGCUGGGUUUAUGUAGCAGUCGCAUACAAGACUAUCAGGAGAGACGGGAAACCAGAGGAUUGUGUAUUUGGAGAAAAUGACAAAUCUUGGAUGUUAGAAUGUUAUAAAGACAGUUAUCAACUUGUGCACAACAAAGUCUUCACUGAUGUCUCAGGUCCUCCGUCCUCCAGAGUAGGAGUGUACCUGGAUCACAGCGCAGGUAUUCUGUCCUUCUACAGCGUCUCUGAAACCAUGACUCUCCUCCACAGAGUCCAGACCACAUUCACUGAACCUCUACAUGCUGGACUGACGUUAUGGUCUGAUGGAGCCUCUGCUGAGUUUAUAGAAGUGAACUAAAGAGAAUUUUGAGUCCAUCAGACCAAAAUCAUGGACUGAGAUCCUUGAACUCUUGAAAUGUUCUGGUUUGUAAAUGUUUGUGGAUCAGUCUCACCAAAAACUCUGGGUUUAGUUCUUCAUUUCAGCUUUUUGAUUCUUUUCUAAAGAUGCUGAUUUGGUCGCAGCUUUAAGGACAGUGAUUGUGGAGAACUUUGAUUGUUUGUAUUUCUCAUGUUGAAAAAUCUUCAUACAGUUUGAUAUCAACAACAUCAAGAUGAUGGUUUGUUCAAAUCACCUUCAGUUGGUGCAGAUGUUGAAGGUCUGAGACUUUAGAAAAAAGUGAGGUCAAAAUCACAGAAAAAGGACGACCUUAUUUCCUGUCCCAAAUCCAAGCGUCUAAAGUCUUUCCAGUCGUCCCCAAAAACUCUUCAGAUGAUCUGUUUCUUUCUCUGUUUGCUGAAUAUUUGUGUUCAUGUGAUCGAUGGAUAUUUCUGUCUGCUUCUGUUGGAUCAGUGUGUUUGUAAAGACAUCUAGAAUCAGACUUUGGACAGAUCUACAUGUUGUUAUGAGCUUUUCAAUCACUCUAAUAAUAAUAAUCACAUUUAUUAGUCCGACUGUUUGGAUGUUUCUGACUCAGCUCAGAUUGUGGUCAAGUCUCUGAUUGUGGGUAAAAAAAUCAUAAAAAUCCUCAAACUGAGUCACUGAAAUCACCUCGUCUGUUUGUCUUUAUUGUGUCUGUUUCUGCUGGAUGUCAUGUUACCGCUCCGUCUGGGUCAUGGAUCCAUGUGGUCUUACAUGUCCCAGAUGUGAGUCCUGCAGCUGGAUCAGGUUUUCUGUAGAGGACAAAGACAGGAGGCAGGUUGGGCCCCAUUUGUAAUGAUCUGAAGUAUUUAUCUGCAUUAUAUCUGAAUUUAAUUGGAACGAUCCGAGCGAGCAGGAGCGUCUGUUUGUGGGCGGGGCUUGAGGGGAGAGGAGGAGCUGAGGGGAAAACUGGUUGGAGGGGUAGAGUUUACAUUCAAGAUUUCUCCUAAAAACUGGGACUAACUCAGAUCCUGAUCAGAUUGUAAAGUCGGAGCUGUUCCUCCUCCUCAGCUGACGCCGACUCUCUCACAGUUACUGACAUGAAAAAUUACUAAUAAGUUUAUUAAUAGUUUGUCGUGUCACUGAUGGUUUUAAUAGCUGUAUUUAUUAUAAAAAGAUUUCAACAUGAAUUUUAGUCGAUUAUAUAAAUGUAAAAAACUCCACAGGAGAUUUGAGAACGAACAAAAACCUGCAAAUAAACAGACGAAUAAAACAGAAGUUCAAAAUCACAACAACAAAAAUAAAGAAAAGAACAGAAAAAUGAAGGAAAUCAACCGAUAAAUGAGAGAGAGAGUUUAAGUAGAAUUAGAUCAGGUCAAAAUUAACCCUGUGUGCAAACAUCUGAUCAUAUUUACACCUUCUUCUUCUUCUCCUUCUUCUUCUUCUUCUUCUUCUUCUUCUCCUUCUCUUUCUUCUUCUCCUUCUUCUUCUUCUUCUUUUCUUGCCUCGCUCAGAUCAGGAGGAGACCUCCCUCCCCUCCUCCUCUCUUCCUGCUCCUCCUCCCUCUGCUCCUCCUCAGGUAAAUCUGAGGUCCCUGGAGCGACAGCUGGAGGCGUUAAGAGGCGUGACCCGACAGGAGGCGGAGCCUGACUCUCUGAUCCAGUUCCAUGAUGUGGACUUCCCGCUGGAUGAGAGCGUUAUUGCAGCUAUUAAGACCAAGAAGAAGAAGAAGAGGGCGGGGCCAGGUGAGCACAAAGUGUUUGGGACCCCGGACGUUGACGAGCCGUUCAGUGACACCUGCUGUUCAGGCUGCGGCGCCAUCCUGCACUGCACCGCCCCCGCCGUACCCGGGUACCUGCCCAGCGAGAAGUUCAAGGUGCUGCAGCAGGAGAAGCGUCUGAGCGCGGCGACCUGUCAGCGCUGCUUCCUGCUGACGCAUCAUUACAAAGCGCUGAACCUGGAGGUCUCUGCAGACCAGUACAGAGAGGUGGUGCAGAGGCUCCGCCCCCUCAGAGCUCUCAUCCUGCUCAUCGUCGACCUGCUGGAUGUCCCUGACUCUAUCAUCCCGGACUUGCCCAAACUCGUUGGGACGAACAAACACAUCGUCGUCCUCGGCAACAAGGUGGACCUGCUGCCCGGAGACUCGCCAAACUACCUGAAGCGAAUCAGGCAGCAACUUUCUCGCUACUGUGAGGACGCCGGCUUCGGCCCUCAGGUGACCGACAUUCACCUGAUCAGCGCCAAGACGGGCUACGGCGUGGAGCACCUGAUCUCCAGCCUGCAGCGCUCCUGGAAAUACAAAGGGGACGUCUAUCUGGUGGGCGGGGCCAACGCCGGCAAGUCGACGCUCUUCAACACGCUGCUGGAGUCUGACUACUGCAAGUCCAAAGCUUCAGACCUGAUCCACAAGGCCACCAUCUCACCAUGGCCCGGUCAGCACCAAACCCUGUUCACAGAACUGUUGAUUUAAUGUCUGUCUGUUUACUGUCACAAACACAGGGCUCCCAGUGCAUGAUGGGAAAUAUCACUGAGUCUACGGGGUCGCCCUCUGAGUUCGGCGAGGUUUUAAUCAUUUAAAUGUUGAUGACAGGUUUUAAUUUGAAAGCUUCAGAUCGAUAACCCGCCUUCAAAAUAAAAGCCUUAACCUACUGCUAACAUGACAUAUAAGAUUUAAUGCACAUAAAGUGAAACCAGUAAGUAACAAAUAAUCGACUAAUGUUUGAUCAUGUGACUGUCCCCCCCCCGCUGUGGUGUGUUCAGGGACCACUCUGAACCUCCUGAAGUUCCCCAUCAUCAACCCAACGCCAUACAGGAUGUUCAAACGGCAGGAGCGCCUGAACGAGGCGUCGCAGCAGACAGAGAGCGAGCUGACGGAGGACGAGCUGAAGAGGCUCAAACACUUCAGCAAGCAGGGAUACCUCGUGGGUAAGACGGGAGGGAGGAGAGAGAGGGGGGAGGAGAGAGAGAGAGAGAGACAUGAUCCUCACCUGUCUCUGUUCGCCUGUUCAGGUCGGGUUGGCAGAACGUUCCGGUCUGAUGUCCGGCCCAGAGAGGAUGAGAUCCAGUUUGAUCCUGACAGUUUGGCUCAUGGAGAGGAUGAAGACGGAGAGAUGAAGGAGACAGGUGAGCGGAGACGUCUGAUUGGUUCUUAAUUUGAGCUUUUCUUCAAUGGGAUUCUGAAUGUGGCUGAAACUGCCUCGUGAUCUCCAACCUGAUUAAUGGUGGUGGGAUCAUCUGAAGGUCUUCUCUGAAAAAGUCUUUGUCUGGAUGGACGCAGAUGUCGCUCCUAAACCUGGAGAUCUUGUUUGAAACUGAGGAUGCAGCAUCUAUGAUUUAUAGUUCUUCGUUGAAAGGACAACUGGACUUAUUUGAGGCGAAACGUCUCAAAUAAGUCCAGUUGUCCUUUCCAAAAGAGUGUUAGAUUUGACUCCUCAGACCUCAGGACAGUUGAGUGAUAUUGAGCCCAUGCGGCGACUCCAACUACAGAGUCCUGAUGCUCCUAAACCUGGAGAUGUUGUUCAGCACCAGAAUAAAAAAAACGUUUUUCAUGAUUUCUAACAAGAAAGUGAAAUUGUGAUCCAUCCGACCACAGAGCCGUUUUCCUCCCACAUGUCGUUUCAGCAUCUUUUUUUUUUUUUUGGUUUUCUUUAAAUGCCAAUCCUUUAAUUGAUAUAGAUGUAAAAAAUCUAUUUUACAGUAUAGCAUCACUUCCGUUCAACUUACUGCAUAUACAUUUUACAUAAACCUCAUUUCUCUUUUCCACCACCACGGCCAUUUCCAAACCUACUUGUCUUAUUUCCUGAUCUUUAUCAGUAGAUGGCGCUUUUGCGGUUGUCACUGAGGCGUGUCAGUUAUCGCACAACCUCAGUGUGAAUUUUUAGUCACAUAGCAACAAAGUCUAUCAGCCCAUAAAAGAAAGAAAGAUGCGCAUAAAAUCUAUUAAAAGAAAAUUUACCUAGAAGUAUUGAAAUAGAUCCCGCAGCUGAAUUAGUGCUGUGCAUAUGGUCAACAUUUCUGUGUCAGGUUAGUGUGACAAUUAUAAAAGCGGAGAUCAAAUGAUGACCUACUUCCAAUAUUCAAAAUUAGCUGACUGCUGAAGGUUGCUGUAUCAAACAUACACCAAGAGAAUGUUCUGAAUGUUAGAAACAUUCAUAUGCCUGAGUCAUAACAGAUUUAGUGCAAUCUGAUAUCUAUGACACAUAAAACAGCUGCAGGCAGAAACAGCUGUAGUCUCACUGAAUGCCAAUAUGAUCAAAACACUGUCAGGGAAGAUCUGACAUGGAGCUUUAGGACAAAUACAUCUUUUAUUUUUUCAGUAAGCCUCUUCUGCCGCUUCUGUCAGCUUCCCUUGUAUCUUAAAGUGAAAAUGUGAAUGUUACAGUGGUGGCUCUUAAACACGUCAUUAUUGAGGAUUUCCUCUGACCUCUUAGUUGUGUCCUCGAAAUGCUGCAACCGUCUACUGCCUAUUAUUAAAAGUGGGUCUACUAUGUCAUAUGUUAAUAAGGACUUAGCACAACAGUGUGCAAGGCAGUCAGUGCAAAGGUGAAACAGCUGUUCAUGUUCAUGUUCUUCAAUCACAUGACUGCAGUCGUCCUCUACUGGGAGUCCUUUCAGUCCAGCUCUUGAUCUUUUCCAGUCUCAGGUCUGCACAUCUGUCUGCAUCUGUGUAUCAACUCUGCUCAACAUGUAUAUCAUCUGCCCAGGAUCAUCUGCCCAGGAACACCCCAUCUCCCCAGUGGUAAAACGCUCUGUCCUGAUAAAACAUGGACAGAAACAGCCAAACGCUUAUUGUCUCGACCCAGAAGAUAACAAACAGGAACCAUAGUGAUGACAGCAGGACUUCACACAACAUCCUGGAGAUUUAUUUCUGUUGAGACGACAUUCCCUUUUCCAAGCUAACUAGCUAACACUCACGUUUGUUUACAAUGUCCGUCACACAUCACGUUGUUUGUCCGUUUCAGCAUCUUAAUAAAGAACUGAAGUUUGAACACAGAACAAGAACAGUAAACUGGAGUAAACGCUCUGACCUUUGACCCCUUAGGUACAAGGAGCUCACCUGACGAGUUCACCUUUAAUGAGCUGAAAGACGCUCACUGGCUGUUCGACACGCCGGGAAUCAUGAAGGAGAGAGACGUAAGAGAGCGAGAGACUUACCGACAAAAACAAACAAAAAUAAACAACAACACCAACAACGCCCCCCUCUCUCUCUCUCUCUCUCUCUCUCUCUCUCAGGUCUUGUCGGUGUUGACUGAACAGGAAGUGAUGUCAGUGGUUCCGACUAAGGCGUUGGUUCCGAGGACGUUUGUGUUAAAGCCUGGAAUGAGUCUGUUAGUGGGAGCGCUGGCCCGGAUCGACUUCCUGCAGGUAACAACAACAACAACAACAACAACACAAAACAACCACAACAACCAUAAGAAAAUAACAACAACCAAAACAACAAUUACAACAACUACACAAGACAACAAAAACUAUAACAACAACAAUUACACAAGACAACAAUAUGAACAACCAAAACAACAACUACACAAGACAAAAUUAGGAACAACCAAAACAACAACAACCAUAACAAAACAACAACAACACGCAAAAAAAACACAACAACCACAACAACAACUACACAAGACAACAACCACAACCAUAACAAAACAACAACCGAAACAACAACCACAACAACUACACAAGACAACAACAACAACACAAAACAACCACAACAACCAUAACAAAAUAACAACAACCAAAACAACAACCACAACAACUACACAAGACAACAAUAUCAACAACAACACAAGACAACAAUUACAACAACUACAUGAGACAACAAAAACCACAACAACUACACAAGACAACAAAAACCACAACAACUACACAAGACAACAAAAACUAUAACAACAACAAUUACACAAGACAAAAUUACGAACAACCAAAACAACAACAACUACACAAGACAACAACAACAACCAUAACAAAACAACAACACGCAAAAAAAACACAACAACCACAACAACAACUACACAAGACAACAACCAUAACAAAACAACAACCAAAACAACAACCACAACAACUACACAAGACAACAACAACACAAAACAACCACAGCAACACAAGACAACAAUUACAACAACCACAACAACAACUACAUGAGACAACAACCAAAACUACAACUACACAAGACAACAACCACAGCAACUGUAACAACAACCACAACAAGUGCACAAAACAAGCACAAGAUAAACAACAACAAGCAUAACUACAACAACAAGGACAACAAGCACAACAACUACGACAACAUUGACAACCACAACAACUUUAGGACACAAUCACACACGAGGCACAAAAGAUACACACACCAGUGAACACAAACACGUCUCUGUGACGUUCAGGUUGUUUCUGAUUUUACUUCCAGCAUUAAUAUUUGCCUUCGUGGGGUUUGACCAAUCAGAAUCAAGUAUUUGUGCCGGCUCUCGUCAUUGGUCGGUUGUUGAUGUUCUGGUCUCUCUCAGGGGGAGCGGUCCUGCUGGUUCUCAGUGCUGGUGUCUGCUCGGGUCCCGGUCCACAUCACCAGUCUGGAGAAGGUGGAAGGAAUCUAUGAGAAGCACGCGGGAGGAGUCCUGCUGGGGGUGAGGAGGAAGAGGGGGGAGGAGGAAGGGGCGGGAGGUGGUCACAUGACCUCAGUCAGCUGUUUGAAGAUUCGAAUAAAAACACUGAUGUCUCUGCUGCGUUCAGGUGCCUCAGGGAGGGUCGGAGCGAAUGAAGACAUUUCCUGCAUUGGUUCCUCAGGAGGUCAAACUGGAGGGGCGGGGCUACAUGGAGGCGAGCGCUGACAUCACACUGUCGUCUGCAGGUACACACCUGACCAUAAUCGAUAACUGUUUUUAACCACAGGGAUAAAGGUCAUCGAGGUCAGCUGACUCCUGUAACGUUUGAGUUACCUGUUUUCCCUGUGUGUGUGUGUGUGCGUGCACAGGUUGGGUGGCAGUGACGGCAGCAGAAGGUGAGCAGGUGUCCUUGAGGGUCCACGGUCCAGAGGCGGCAGGUUUCGGUGUAAGAACGCCGCCGCUGCUCCCUCACGUCAUCAGUCUGAAAGGAGAGCGAAUCAAAAAAUCUGCCGCCUAUAAAACCGUCAAACCGGCAGGACUGAUCGACGCUACGCUGGCCGCACGAGGAACGGAGAAGAAGCAGAAGAAAAAGAAGAGGAAGAAGGAGUAGUGAUGUGCUGAGACAUUAGUGGGAGGAGCUUAAUUCCACGGUGACGGCUGAGGAAUCUCUCUCGGUCACGGUUUCGUUCCUGCAGACAGAGUAAGGUCACUUUUUUUGACCUGGAACCUUUUUUUAGGAGAUCCUGGACUUUGGAUCCUCCUCUCCACUCUUGUGAACUCUUGUCUAACUGAGGUGGCGCCUGUUUCAAAAUAAAAGUCACACACGGACGGAUCAUUUCAGAGUUUUUAUUUAAAAAAGAGCAAAAUAAAGUGAAGUACAGGUGAAAGGUAACUCUGUUAGUGACGCUGAUCCUGCUGACAGACAGAUCUCUACUGGAUCCACUUUGAAGGACAGUUCACUGAGGUUAGAACAUCAAGUCUGAUAUUUCCACAACAUGCUGAUAAUGUCCUCUGUGUCUGAGGAUGAAGAAACCUCAGCUGUCCUCUCAGGAUCAGAAGUUUAUUUCUAAAUAUCAGAAAAGUGAACAUCUGGAGGAGCAGGUUAAAAAAGGAAGUUUGAUUAAAGAGAGGACAGUCAGAUUGGACAGAAAUAAAGAAUCAUCAGUUUAUCCCACAAACAUGGACGAGUUAAUGGCACUGCAGUAAUUCAAAGAUACACAUGAAUACAUGACAAGGACACAGUACUAGAGUACAGAGAGUACACAGAGUUACUUACAGGAGUACAUAAACACAGUAGAGUCUGUCUCUGAUUAAAAUCUCUAAUCUAACUCAGACACACAGAGACAGACGUCUCUACAUCUGCAGAGCUUCAGCAGCUCGCUCACUUUGGUUUCUCCUCCAACAGAUUAUUGCACAAAAGAUUUAAUGGAAACACAUUUAAA